UGCUACUCGCGUGCAUAUGCCUGUGCUUCUCUCAAUCUCUCUCCAACGGAUACCCCCCUCAUUGUACGAAGCCUGGGUACUUGAGGUAUUCAUGAAGGGUUACAACACCAUGCCGCAAAUGGUAUACGGUAAAUCUUGUCCGUCACUUGGAGCCAUGUCAGGCGGCAUCAAUGCAGCCCUGCCCCAUUUCACGAUUCGAAUACAUAAGAAGUCGGUCAUACCAAUAAUUACUUGCUUCGCAUCGCAAAUUUUGCAUCGCAACGCUCAUUUUGACAUCCUACUCUGAUUCCUCUUAUUCUUGACUUUACAGGUCAGAGGGCCUAAUUCUUGGUAGCCUUUAACGAUGGCACUUCAAGAUAACGAUCCUUUGGAUUGUUUCUCGAAGCCUCGGAAGACAAGAGCAAAGCCAACUCCUGUCAAGCCAGCAAAGUCUGAGGAUGCAGAAAUCCCGACUAACCCAAGUCAACUCAUACGAUGGCGUGAUGCUUUCGAGAAAGCGCAAAACAAGUUCAAGUACGACGACAUCGACGCAGAAAAGGAAGUUAGACUACUUCUCCUAUAUGCAGGCAAAAGUAGUACUCCUAUUCAGGUCUCACUUAGAACGAUUUCCAUGGACCUUCUCGGAAAGAAGUUCCAUUAUGACGCUUUAUCAUAUUACUGGGGUGAUGGGCCACAGAUCGACCCAGUCUUCAUACGACCAGUCAAAAAUCAGCGUGAUGGCAAGGAUAUCAAGAUAUUCGAAGAUGUCUAUCGCGCUUCGACUUUUCGAAUUAAAGUGAAACGGAACCUAUAUUCGGCUCUUCAGCACCUUCGGGAAGAGAACGAAGAUGUGAUUCUGUGGAUAGAUGCUAUAUGCAUAAAUCAACAGAAUCAACAGGAAAAGGAAGCGCAAGUUGCUCGCAUGGCGCACAUAUACCGCCAAGCAUCUAAUGUGUGCAUCUGGCUUGGUCAUUCGAAUGAGCGCUGCUCUAAUGCAAUGGAUUUCAUAACGAGGAUAUUAGGAACCCCAAACCUGGAUGAUUUUGUUCGAAAAAAAGAGCACGUGCAGCGCUGGCUUGAUCUUGCACAUCUGAUGCGAAGUGACUGGUUCACUCGUCGCUGGGUCAUUCAAGAACUUGCCCUUGCCAAAGAGGCCGUGGUCCACUUCGGCGACCGAACAAUCAGCUGGGACGACCUCAAAGACGCCGUAGGACUUUUCAGUCUGCAUUUUGAUACUAUCCAGCAGAACUUCGCUGACGCCGAUCAACGCGACAUGCUUCAGGAAAUAGGAGAGCUCGACCUAUUAGGGGCACAAGUACUGGUGGACGUUAUUGGAAAUGUGUUUCGCAGGAAAGCCGACGGAACGAUAUACGAACCAGUCGCUGGACUAGAGACCCUCGUCUCCUCUUUGUCGACCUUCAAUAGCUCCGAUCCUCGCGACACAAUCAUCGCUCUUCGGAACCUUGCCAAAGAGACCUCUGGAAUGUUUUCAAGAGGAACGACCAGAUAUGCGCCACCACCGCCACCUGACUAUACCAAAAGUGUUCUUGUCGUGUACAAAGAAUUCGUAAAAUGGGUAGUUACGACUUCCAAGUCUCUUAACAUAAUAUGUCGUCACUGGGCCCUUCCGCCACGCGUCGCAGAGUCUACACUAGAUCCGAAUCAGCUUGCUAUGAGCACUGAACUACCGUCGUGGGUUAAAAAGAUCUCAGAGAGCAAAUAUGGUGCUAUGCUUGACGGCCGAAGUGGGCGUAAAUCGGCGGACGACUUUGUAGGAUUGCCAGGCCACUCAGCCUAUAACGCAUCAUACAACAUAGAAGCAGAAGUAUACUUCGGCGCUACUGAAUAUAAGACAGGCCUAAAGCCGCGUACGCCUCUAUUGCCGCACGGGUUCGUGAGUCUCUCUGACCGUACAAGACAACCAAGUAUACCAAUUCGUAGGGAAACAGAGAAUCAUACCCAACUAUUUGGACUAUUCGGGGAACCGCUCUCAGCAUCAGACAUGGCAGAUCAAUCUCCUUGGGCUGAUCAAUACAUUCCAACUUCGAAGUCGCCUCAGUCUUCACAGUUUCCUUCUGUCAAAGAUGGGACAACCAUGCAACCAAUCAACGGAACUCAACCUGGCCGACAUGCUCUGCUGAACGGCACUGCAGAAGACGAGGAAACACCACAAGCCGAAGCAGGGGCGCAAGAAGUGAACAUGAAUGGCCACACAUCGCACAUCCCCAAACCUCUCGCGAAAGCUAUACUUCAAGUUCAGAAACAGCAGCCCAAUAAGCACGACGCAGCACCAGUAGACAGUGACAUGACUAAGAAAUGUGAGCCUUCCAGUGUAGAGGCUGUUGAGGCGGAGGAUUCUUCUAUUUUCGCCAGAGGUAUUCAAAUAAGCACUAUCACUUUUGCUACCAAUCCCAUAGCGGAUGGUGUAAUUCCGCAAAAAGCGAUUCAUUUAGGAGGCUAUAACAAGAAUAGCGAAUAUAGUCAGAUCAAGGCACCAGACAAGCUUUGGCGCACUCUAGUCGCUGAUCGAGGGCCAGAUGGAGGUCCCACCCCGGCCUGGUACCAUCGUGCUUGCUUAGAGUGCCUCAUCAACGAUACUGUAAACGGCCACAUCAACGUCAAGCAGCUCUUGGAGUCGAAGAAGAAGCUCCAGCACGUUCGGAAAUUCCUAGAACGUGUCCGCUCCAUUGUCUGGGAACGGGUCAUCUUCGAGGCAGAUCCUAUGUCCAAACAGUCCAAUCGGGAAUCGCUUUUUGGACUUGGACCUGCGACGACCUUGACCAAUGACAUAGUAUGUAUUCUCUUUGGCUGCACCGUGCCUGUCAUACUGCGAGAGCAGAAGGAUGAGCAUGACGAAGUGUACUACGAAUUCGUCGGCGAGGCUUUCGUCUACGGUAUGAUGGAUGGCGAAGCUGUCACGAGCAUGAGCGAGGAAGAACUUCAGGAGAGAGCAACGUACUUCAGACUCAUGUAAGUCAAGUCGAUAGCGUGGGUGGUACACGUACCAAUCGUUCUGUGUACAAGGGGGGCUUCACAUUACUUGCUGUGGAAAGCACUCUAGCCCAUCAAGCUAUCGUUGACACUUAAUGUAGCUGCAGGGAUGCAGAUCGAAGAUUUUUCUGUAGUUGUCUGAUAGGUUUCGGGGUGGGAAUGGAGUUGGAGACGUAGAACAGCGGGGUGGAGUAACGGGAGCUGUCAGAUUAUGCGUUCUGCAAAGGAGUGUUUGUUGUUUGGCGCGCAGAGGCGUGCUUGUCUGGAAGCUUCCUUAUGGGUGAGAUAUCGAGAUGAUUGUUGUCAAGGUGUUGUUCGGAUGGGAUUUAGGCUAUGUGAGUGGAGAGAUCGGGAGGGAGUUCUUGUGAGAGGCUCUAUACCGUUAUUUUGGUUUCAUCGUAAUAUCUCAAUUCAUGUAUUGGGUAG